AUGUCGGGUCCAUUCGUCUACGUCCCCGAGGCCGAGCACGCCGCGGCGGACGGCUACGCAGCGUAUGCCUAUCCGUACGCACAAGCGACCCCGCCACUGGGCUAUACUCCAUUCGUCCCGCCUUCGCCCGCUCUCUCCGCUGCGUCUGCCACCUCCCAUCACCACCCCGGGUCCCGUUCACCGUCGCUGUCCGUGAAUUCCACCCCGGCAUACGGCCCGGGACCGUGGUCCCCGCUCGGCCCCCGCCCCCGGACAAACUCCUGGGCCGCCCCGCCCACCGCCGGCGCUAAAGCCAAAGCUGCUGCACCCGGAUCAAUUGCCCUCAGCGCUAGCGCGGGCGGGUCGCCGACGCUCAAAUCUGCGCUGCUGCACCCCAGCGCGCUCUUGCGUCCGGGCCACAAGAAGGCCAAGUCCUCCGGCAACGUCACAUUCGCGCCAUCUCCGCUUGUUGCCGGCCUGACCCACCCGUGGCUCGACGCAGGUGUCCACUCGUCGCCGGCGUUCGCCGCGGCACCACCCUUCCGCUUCGACCUCUCCAUCGCAGCCUUCGCGCCGGAACGCGCCGGCAGCCGGCCCGGAGAGCCGACGUGGACGCCGCUCGGUGCGGCGGAGUUCGCGGCCGAAGCGUUCUACCCCGCGCGCUACGAGCUGCGCAUCACGCACGAGGCGCUCCCGUGGCCUGUCGUGUUGCGCUUGGAGGAUAAGAAGAGCAAUAAGGGCCGCCGGCCGGCAAAGGAGAAGGACGAUAGACACGGGAACGAUCACGGGACACCCACCGCGCCGCCGCCGCCCAUCACGCUCGGCGACGUGCUCGCGGCGCUGCACCACACGCUGCACGUGCUCAUCACUGCGGCGGAGUGGGCCGCGCUCCCGCCGGCACGCAAAGCGCAGGUGUCCGCCGCGUUCACUGCGCGCUGCCGCGCCGAGGCGGUCCGCAGCGGCGCGUCCACGGCGGAGCUGCACGACCAGGAACAGGCGGAGCGCGCAAAGGGCCUGCGCAGGGUCGACUUCCUUGCUGGACAAACCUCGUUCCGCGGCCUGCGGGCGAGGGAGGGCGAGGGAAAUAAGGAUGGGGUGUUUGAAUUGGUGACUCGCCUAAAAGAUGUGUAG